AUGACGCAAAAGAUGAGAGCAAUGGAAUCACUUUUAAAAAAUAUGUAUAUGCAACAAAAUCUACAUUUAAGUGAAGAGGAAGUAAAUGAUAAGAUGAGAGAAGCGUUGCACAAUGAUAAUAUUUCAACAUCGCGCUCAUCGACAUCAACCUAUGCUUCUUCUCAUCAAAAGGUUAGAAACGAAGAUGAUGAACAAGAUGACGAUCUCCAGGAUGAUGACGAUCUUCAGGAUGAUGACAAUCUUCAUUAUGAUCAAGGACGAUCUUCAAUAUGA